AUGCGACUGUUUUUUUUCUCGUUUCCUUUUCGUGACCUUGCUCUGGCGAUGGAGCUCAACGGGGAAAUAAAGUAAGUAACUUUUAAUAAUUUUUAAAUCAAUUACUCUAGAAAUAUUUAAUUUGAGAUUUCUUGAACCCCGGUUGUCUUUUUGCAAGUCAGCACAUGGAUGCGGCAAGAAAUUUUUGAGCCAAAGUCUUUUGAGAAUUCAAAAAAGGAACGAAGAUGUCUCUUUUCUGAUCACCUUGACCGACUAAAAAUUAGUUUGAAAACUUUCCCAGAAACCUUAAAUUACUUCAACUGUACAGCUCAUCUCAUUGAAAACCUCAGAGGGAAUAUUAAAGGAUGAAAGAGCAAAAAGAAGGUGGAACAGAAUGGCGUUCCUUGGCCAUCUCAGCUUCGAUCACGUUUUUCGCGGCCGUUCAAUUCACGAUUUUCUUCGCUUCACUCUGGCCUUACCUCUUACAGGUUGGAAGUUCGCUUUUUCCCGUCAAAAAUAUUGCAGCUUGACCACCAAAUAUCCGAAGAGUUUUUUGGAUAUAUCAAUGCCGUCUACAGUCUGGGACAAGCCGUCAUGUGCCCUGCUUUUGGCUACUGGUGCAAUCGCAUCAAUCAAAGCCGCCUUCCAAUUUUGACAGGGUAGGAUAAAAUAACCAUUUAGUUAUCUUUCAACACUUUCCACUGGUUUCGAAGCUCGGAGAAUUCGAACUGAGGGGUGACUAAACAAAAAAAAAUUUUUUGAAAUUGUAAAAUCAGCACACUCCAUUCUCUUUAAUGAAACGCUUGAUCAGAAAUGAAAUAGCUCAGAGCGUGGCUUACGCAAUGGGUUAUCUCAUGGUGCACCCGACUUCAAACGACUUGCGCACUAUAAUAUCGGAAAGGCGGCCUAACUAUUUUGAGCCGAUGUGAUCAGUGUGAACUGGCCCUCAAAACCUGAGAAUCAAUAUAUACUUCCAAGAAAAUAAUUUUUGGGGCUCUGCAAAGCAAAAAUAGAAGCCUGCCUCAAAAACGUUUACAAAAUUCAGUAUCGCUGUAUUUAGAGACCCUCCCCUUUCAUCUCAAUCAAAUUAAUUGUCGAAUUUCACUUUCAGAGUCGUCAUAAUGACCUUAGGAAACGUUCUCUACCUAUUGAGCCCAGUCCUUUCGAUUUCACCGUCUUGGGUCAUUUUCUACUCGAGACUCACCACUGGGAUCGGAGCAGGUCGGCCAGGAUUUUAUUAUUUUUUUAUGGAAUUUUUCUAGGCGUUUUAUCCGUUCUGAGAAACUACGCAGUUCUUGCCAGUACCCCUCAAGAUCGAUCCCGUUCGAUUUCUUUGAAUGCUGGAUGUUUCGCUCUUGGUCUCACUAUCGGACCAGGUUAUUUUAUAUAGCUUUUCGACAAAGUUUAAAGUUUAGCCAUUCAAAUAUUCUUCACCCCUUUGGGAUAUCCUGGCUUCCAUUUGAUUGGCGACUUCUCUAUGAACAUGUACACAGGUAAUAAAAUAUCUUCCCCCGAGGCAAUCCAAAACAAUUCCUUGCUGGUUUUAGAAAAAUAGUUUGUUAAUAUCAAUGUUAUGUCUUAUAAACACUUUCAUUCAAAUCUAUUUUUUCAGCUCCUGCCUAUUUCGGGAUCUUCCUGAACAUCCUUUGUAUAAGCUUGAUUAUUUUCUUUUUCAAGGAGUCUUCUGUUGGAAUAAUGAAAAAGACGGUUGCUGAAAAUGGUUGGCCUUUUCUCUUAUUCUUUGAUAAUUAUUCUUUUAAGACGAACACACACGAUUUUUUGCUUUGCCCAAGCCUAGCAAAGCUGCCAUUGCAACAUGCAUUGCUACGAGAUUCGCUCAGAUGUUCGUCAUAACGAACAUCGAAACGUGAGUAAUUUUUUGAAUUUUGUUGGCCUUGCCUUGAAAAUUCAUGGCGCAUUGAGAAUGGCUUAGAGAUUGAAAAAAAAUCGUUGAUCAAUUUUUAUCAUGAUUUUUAUGUCACUGAGCGCAUGUAGUUUGGGGUCGGGCGCGCUUUGAAAAAAAUCGUUCUGCUGCUGCUUUACUUUCAGCCCCAUGCGAUCAUGCCUCAAGUUACCAAUUUUUGGAUUUCAAGCUGAAGAUUUUCAGAAUAGGAGCUCCUUUAGCAAUGACAAUGUUCAACUGGAACAAAAAAGAGACAGUUACCUACAAUUCGAUAAUGCAUGCUGGCUUUGGGGCCAUCAGCUUCAUACUCUACGCCUUGAAUGUUUUCUUUAAUCUGGGCAAGAAGUGAGUUUCUUUAUUUGGUUUUUUUUUUAUUAAAGUAAUUACACGUUCAGUAUUAACCACCGAAUCGGAUCAGCAAUGGGCCUGAUUGGGAUCGUGAUUUUCCACCUGGUAACUUUUCCUUGGUGGGGUCUUCCUGGAAAGAUCACCUAUCAAGAAACUUGUGAGUCCUCCCAUAUAAUUCAUUGAAAGCGUCAAGUUCAGAUAUAAAUGUCAAUGGGACGACCAUUCUGAACCCCGACCCGAUUGGCUGUCGUCCUGGCUAUCAAUGGUAUAACUUUGCUUUAUCGGUUUGAUAAAACAUGGCCGCAUGUAGAAUGGCUUAAUAAUCGGCACUAGAGUAGUUUUUAGUCGGGCUGAUUCUGAUUUAUUUGAGGCCAUUAAAGGAGAAGAACAGUUCCACUCGGAGAUUUUGAUUGUCAAUGUUUGUUUUCAUGUGUGAUACGACUCCUCCAAUCAACGAAUAUCUGUUCGUCAUAUCCUACAGCAUUAUCCUCGCAUUUUCCUUCAGCGCCAUAAAUAUUUGCAUGAACACUGUUUUUUCAACUGUGCUUGGACCAAGAAAUCAGGUUAGUAGGCUUUUUGUAAGACUUUUCAAAAACUCAUUGUUUGAUAAGUAUUUUCAUGAGUUAAUUUCACUUCGGAAGUUUUGAUUUUUCAGUGGGAAAAUCUUUAAAUCUAGAUUUUCUUUUGAAAUAAACCUUAUGAAUAGUUGAUUCUAGGAAAUAAUAUAUAUUUUGUCAAUACGUAACUUGUGACUAAAUAAUUUUUUUCAGGGAACCAUGCAAGGAAUCUUAAUGCUCAGUGGCAGCGUUGCCCGCAUGUGCGGCCCUAUUAUCGUUUCGUGAGUUUCCAUAAGGAAUUUUUGAAUCAAAAUAGUGUUUUUUCAGAAAAGUUUUCACGGCUUGGGGACCGCGACCUGCAUGGAUAAUGGAAAUUCUCGUGGCCGGUGGAGCUGCCACCCUAUGGGCGAUUUUUUACAAAAAGACGGUUCCUCUGAAACUUCCUAAUUCUUUGAGCGCCGGAUCAAUAUACAGAAAUAAGCACGGACUUGUUUACAAAUUCUGA